AUGCGGGACAAGGGACCUGCGUGGUAUGGCCGCUGGGGCACUUGGGGAGACGCUGAGACCGUGUGCUUGCUCGCGCCAGUGGUGGCGGUCUUUGAGGCAAGUUUCACGGAGCCCCAGAUUGAAGAUGAAGAGCACUGGGCGAGGCUGCUGGAGGCAGCUGGGACUGCGUUGCAGGCGGACGUAGCCGGCAGCUGCGUCCUCGCUGCUAUCCACUGGAAGCCGGUGUGGUUGACCACGCGCCGGCGGCUGCUGCACGCACACCUCAUCGGCGAUCUGUCUGCCUGCGAGGCAGUUCGGCAUGCGCUGUGGUCCACCAAGCGUGGGCUGCUCGAGGGCAAGGCUUGGGCAAGCUGGAGAUCGACCUUCGACACGGCGGACGUGAGCCCAGACAGGACGCACGGCAGGGCGCGGCUGGCCGCGCACCGACUCUGGGACCGCGAGCCGAGCCCCGGCUUGGCUCUGGAGCUCCCAGCACACUGGGUGCCCCAAGGCAUGGUCGAAGAUGCUGCCGCCCCGGUGUCCGCGAUUUGUCCCGAUUGCCACUGGCAUCACUUCUUCGAGCUGUUCGGAGAGCUCCUCCUCCUCGAGCGCGUGCUCCGGGAGCCGGACCGGGUGGUUCUCCUGGCGCUCUUUGAGCAGGGCUCCACAGCUCUGGCAAUGUACGAAGCUCUUGCAGGCCGCUGCUUGUACUGGGCCUGCCAAGUGUGGACACCGACCUUCCCGGCCCUCUGCACCUUGCGGGACUACGACAUCCUGAAGGCGCAGCUCUGCCGAGGAGAGCCGGUUCAGGACGAUGAGGCGGCCUUCGUCUUGAGGCGCAUGGACGGGGAGAGCGAGCUGGAAUGGCAGCAUCCGGCACCCCCUGAGGUGCUGUUGGUUACGACGAACAUGCCCGCGGUGGUUUGCGGCCGGGAUGGCCCUGUCGCUCUGCGCCUGGCGCAUGUCUCCAAGGCUCAUGCAGUCCUCCGCCUUUUCAGAGACGCCUCCUCCGUGCCAGCAACAUGGAAGCUGACUGUCCAAGACACAUCGAGCAACGGGACCUGGGUAAAUGGUGUGAAGCUGCAGCCCAAGGCUCAGCAGGAGCUGAAGCUGCAUGACCAGGUCUGCUUCGUGCCACCUGCGCAUGCCGUUCGCCAGCUGGUCUACCAGGUGCUGCCUGGCAGCGCGCUUCCGCGCCAUGCGCCCGUGGCCAGUGCGCCCAGCACUCCCAGCAACGUGCCCGUGCCGACAGCAGCCCCUGGGAUGUCGGGUGCACCUUGGCCUUCUGCGACCUUUGGUGGCAUGACACCCAGACCAAGCAAGAGACCCAGACUGCAGGACGACUCGCUGUCGUCGUGGUUGGGGUCUCUGGGAGACCUUGCGGUCUUGCGGUACGAGCAUCAGCUACUGCAGAUGGUUCCUGCUGCGACCGAACUGCGAGACUUGUAUGCCUACAACAUUAGCCGCUUCCUUGCCGAGUUGGGUGUCCGCGAGGAGCACAAGGCCACAUUCAGGAGGGGCCUUCUGCAGCUGCGCCACGCGAGUUGA